AGCUAUGGAUGCUUUGGACAAAGUUCUGUAAGUGUGUGGGGCGCGAUGGCGUGGGGGCGAGUCUCCCGUGACCUCCGACGCGGUCUUCCCGCUGUCGCUCUUUCCGGUCGUGCUUUGCUAGUGGUCCCUGGGAAGGAGUCGGCUCGGCCGAUUCUCCGUCCCGAAUCGCCGCUGGGGAAGCCGUGGUGGCAGACCGCGGGCGGUGGACUGGAGCGAGGGCGGACGCUGUGAUCGGCUUAUGACCUCGCCGCUGAUAGAUUCUGAGCUGUGAGAAUGGUGGUGGCCUCGGAAUCUGACAAGAACCAGGCGACAAACUGGACUCAAAGUUUUGUCACUCUGGGCAUUUGAACAGCCCUAAAUCAGUUUACCCUGUAAAAAAUAGCUGUCACAACAGCCGUGUGUCAUAGAACUGUAGAGAGCAGUGUUUGCCACAACAGAAAGCCUAAAACUAAAAGGGCUAAGAGAUUCCUUGAGAAGAGAGAACCGAAACUCACUGAGAACAUUAAGAAUGCCAUGCUGAUUAAAGGCGGAAAUGCAAAUGCAACCGUGACACAAGUACUCAGAGACAUGUAUGCACUGAAGAAACCAUAUGGAGUUCUCUAUAAAAAGAAAAAUAUUACAAGACCAUUUGAGGAUCAGACGUCACUGGAGUUCUUUUCAAAGAAGUCAGACUGCUCUUUAUUCAUGUUUGGCUCCCAUAACAAGAAGAGGCCAAAUAACCUAGUAAUAGGUCGUAUGUAUGACUACCAUGUGCUGGAUAUGAUUGAAUUAGGUAUUGAGAAAUUUGUGUCUCUAAAAGAUAUUAAGACUAGUAAGUGCCCCGAGGGAACAAAACCGAUGUUGAUAUUUGCUGGUGAUGAUUUUGAUGUAACAGAAGACUUCAGAAGAUUAAAAAAUCUUCUUAUUGAUUUCUUCAGAGGCCCCACAGUAUCGAACGUCCGGCUGGCUGGAUUAGAGUAUGUUCUGCACUUCACUGCACUGAAUGGGAAGGUUUACUUCCGAAGCUAUAAGCUGCUGUUGAAGAAAUCUGGGUGCAGAACACCGCGAAUCGAGCUAGAAGAGAUGGGACCAUCACUGGACCUGGUCAUGAGGAGGACACACCUAGCAUCAGAUGACCUUUAUAAACUGUCCAUGAAAGUGCCCAAGGCUCUCAAGCCAAAGAAGAGAAAGAAUAUCUCUCAGGAUACUUUUGGCACAACAUUUGGAAGGAUUCAUAUGCAAAAGCAAGACUUAAGCAAACUACAAACGAGGAAAAUGAAGGGGUUGAAGAAGCGACCUGCAGAGAAUGGAGUAGACGACCAGGGGAAAAAAUCAAAGAGAAUUAAGAAAAAUUGACCUGACUGACUACGAGCACUUUCUUAUGGUUGUUUACUAAAGAGAAUUGCUCUACUUGAGGCUGUUCGGUUUCCUGAUAAAAAUUUGUUGCUUAUUUGAAUGAGGGUGUAACAAAAUUUCACACUAUAGCCCGGGCUGGUCUCAGCCUUCCACGUGCUGUGAUUAUAGGCAGGUACCACCAUAUACAGCAUAUUGUAUGUGUCUAUAACAUUAUUUAUUACGUAAACUUUUUUUAAAAAAAUUGAAACUUGUGUUUGGAUCAUACUCACCCCAGCUCUCACUGUUUUUAAUUUUUAAAAUUGAUUUGUGUGUGCACAUGUAUGUCACAGUGUGGGUGUGGCCAAAAGACAUUAUGGAGUCGGUUAUACCCUGUGGGGAUUAAAUGAUACCUCAGUGUGUCAGACUCCUACUAUGGGAAGUGCCUUUAUCCACUGAACCAUCCUGUUAGCCUAGUUUAUUACCUAUUUUUAUGAACAAAUAACAUACUACGAGUUU